UUGAGUUUUCGAGGCGACACGGCGGCGGCGGCCGCACUGCUCCCGCUCCUCUGUCUCCCCAUGGAUAUGCACUGCAAAGCUGACCCCUUCUCCGCGAUGCACCCAGGGCACGGGGGUGUGAAUCAGCUCGGGGGGGUGUUUGUGAACGGCCGGCCCCUUCCCGACGUGGUGAGGCAGCGCAUCGUGGAGCUCGCCCACCAGGGUGUGCGGCCCUGCGACAUCUCCCGGCAGCUGCGUGUCAGCCACGGCUGUGUCAGCAAAAUCCUGGGCAGGUACUACGAGACGGGCAGCAUCAAGCCCGGCGUGAUCGGCGGCUCCAAGCCCAAAGUGGCAACGCCCAAAGUGGUGGACAAGAUUGCUGAGUACAAGCGACAGAACCCGACCAUGUUCGCCUGGGAGAUCCGAGACCGGCUCCUGGCUGAGGGCAUCUGUGACAACGACACGGUGCCCAGCGUCUCUUCCAUCAACAGGAUCAUCCGGACCAAAGUUCAGCAGCCUUUCCACCCAACGCCGGAUGGGGCUGGAACGGGAGUAACUGCCCCUGGCCACACCAUUGUUUCUAGCACGGCCUCCCCUCCUGUCUCCAGCGCCGCCAAUGAUCCAGUGGGAUCCUACUCCAUCAAUGGGAUCCUGGGGAUUCCUCGCUCCAAUGGUGAGAAGAGGAAACGUGAUGAAGAUGUGUCCGAGGGCUCAGUCCCCAAUGGAGACUCCCAGAGUGGUGUGGACAGUUUGCGGAAGCACUUGCGAGCCGACACCUUCACCCAGCAGCAGCUGGAAGCUUUGGAUCGAGUCUUUGAGCGUCCUUCCUAUCCCGACGUCUUCCAGGCAUCAGAGCACAUCAAAUCAGAACAGGGGAACGAGUACUCCCUCCCAGCCCUGACCCCUGGGCUUGAUGAAGUCAAGUCGAGUCUAUCUGCAUCCGCCAACCCAGAGCUGGGCAGCAAUGUGUCAGGCACGCAGACAUACCCUGUUGUGACCGGUCGUGACAUGGCGAGCACCACUCUGCCUGGUUACCCCCCUCACGUGCCCCCCACUGGCCAGGGAAGCUACCCUACCUCCACCCUGGCAGGAAUGGUGCCUGGGAGCGAGUUCUCUGGGAACCCGUACAGCCACCCCCAGUACACCGCCUACAACGAGGCUUGGAGAUUCAGCAACCCCGCCUUACUAAGUUCCCCUUAUUAUUAUAGUGCCGCCCCCCGGGGCUCCGCCCCUGCCGCUGCUGCCGCUGCCUAUGACCGCCACUAG